AUGCACUUCUUCUGCCUUCCAGUGUCUGUGACCACGGCAGUUUCCACGGGGGAGUAUGUUGCAAUUGUUUUAGUUUUUCCAUUUCUGCUCCUCUUUCACGAGUUGCCUAAAAAAAACCGCAACUCUGUAGCACCGUCCUCCUUCAGAGCCCUCUUGAACACAGAACCUACUCCGAUUUCUGACAAAACAACCUCUGGCAGCCGCAUUCCUGUGUGCGAUCACAGCACCCUCUGCUGCCCCCUGCUCACGCUGCAGGAGGGCGAACCGCUGUUAACUGCAAGAAGGACUUUGGGAGCGACCGGGCUGUCCGGUGACGGGGCGUUGGUGUCUGACACGACAUCCCACCGUGGGAAGGACAACGCCAUGAGGCGCCUCAGCCCUGCCGGGACGCGGGCCCGGCGGGGCCGGGGUGACGGGGACGCCUGCCUGGCGGCCUCCAGCCAGGAACGGGGUCUUUCUCGCUUGCAGUUCCUGACAGAACUUACCAGGCUCUUUCAGAAGUGCAGAACUUCGGGGAGUGUUUUCAUAACGCUGAAAAAAUACGAUGGCCGAACAAAACCAGUCCCACGCAAAGGCCACGCAGAAACUUUUGAGCCGGCAGACAAUAAGUGUCUGCUAAGAGCAACUGAUGGAAAGAAGAAAAUUAGCACAGUGGUGAGUUCAAAGGAAGUAAAUAAAUUCCAGAUGGCAUAUUCAAAUUUGCUGAGAGCUAACAUGGAUGGCUUGAAGAAAAAAGAUAAGAAAAGCAAAACCAAGAAGAGUAAAGCAACACAGUGAUGGAAGAAUGUCCUGCUGUCAUUGUAACAGACUUGAUCCUUGCUCAAAGCAAAGUCCAUUUCUUUUUGAGUUACCACUUGUCUUUGGCUUUCCUUCCAGCAGGAUACUGGGAUGUAAUCAGUAAUUUUGUUUAAACUGAAAGCAAGGUGCUUUCUGUGGACUGUUGUAUAGCAGAAGUAUUUACAGGUUUAUACUGAAAUAGCUUUACACUCAGCUACCAACUAGUUUUGUACUUACACUGCUAUUUGUUUUGUGUUAUACAAGUGGGCAGUGCAAAACCUGUUUGGGGGAAACACAGGGUGAAGGGAAAUGCACCAUACCAGGAGCAAAGAGAGACUGGAGCAGGAGUCUGUGAUAGAUGCCCAGAGUUUUUAAAGAUAAGCCUCAGCAGUACUAGGGAAAGCAGGUGCCAACAUACUGUCAGGAAAAGCAGCUUUCCUGUUUCUGUCUUACUUUGAGGGACAUGUCUUAUGAUGCAGUGCAG